CUAAUUAGCCCGGCUUCGAUUGCAUUAACCGACAGCAGCAUCCAUCUACAGGCGGGACCAAGAUUCACAAUCAUAGGCAUACAGUCUUUUCAGAGGCACUUUCGAAGAACCGUGAUCCUCGUGCGAAGAAACUAGGCCUCUGGCCUCCCGACUCUGGCAAUGCCAGCUAACCUCCACCUCCUCCCCGUCACGACGAGGCGUGUCGCUGCCCCGACUAGUAUCUGCGCGCAGUGUCGGAUAGCCUUGUCGUCGUUGAAUCCGUCAAAACGAAGGAGAUUUUCGUCAGCUCCUCCUUUUGGUCUUGCGUCCACGUCUUCAUCUCCAUCUUCUUCUUCAUCCACGUCGGGAGCUUCUACUUCUCCCUCCACCACUAGUACACCAGAAAUCUACGAUGUUGUGACCGUCGGUGGCGGUCCGGCUGGGCUGGCUUUACUCGCUGCACUAAAAUCAUCGCCAAUCACAUCCCACCUAAAAACGGCAUUAAUCGAAACCCAAGACCUAGCCAAAGUCCGCCAAUGGAGCCUUCCAUCGGACAAAUUCGCCAACCGGGCCAGCAGUCUAACGCCAUCGUCGGUCUCGUUUCUCGAACAGACCGGAUCAUGGCGACACGUCGACCAGACUCGGAUCCAGCCGUACGACGAAAUGCAAGUCUGGGACGCGGCCAACGACGCGGCCAUGCAAUUCGAUUGGCGGGCCGAAGCGCGACGGUACAAUGCGCCGCCACAGACCGUGGCCACCAUGGUUGAGAACGCCAACUUGACCAAAGGCUUGCUUGAACGCAUUUUUGAGCUGGGCGCCGAAUUGUCUUUGUUGUCAAACACCAGUGUGGCAGGCAUGACUAUGGGCAAGGACGAUCCUGACGGGUUCAAUUUGUCCACGUGGCCUGUGUUGAAUCUGGAAUCAAAGGAAAAUACUAACGCCGGUCCCAACUCCUCCUCUCCACCGUCGUCGAUUGCGGCGCGUCUCCUCGUCGGCGCCGACGGAUUCAACUCGCCCGUGCGCAAGUUUUCGGCCAUCGACUCUCAGGGCUGGGACUAUAACCGGCACGGCGUUGUCGCCACCUUGACGGUGCAACCUAUCGAUGGUGAAAGCCAUAGCCACGACCACGAGACCGAGCUCACCCUUGAUCAACUCCUCAGCGAUGAUCUUGAGGCACCCUCCAACCGCGCGACGGCAUACCAACGAUUCUUACCUCAACUGGGCGGCCCCAUCGCCAUAUUGCCAUUACCCAACAACCGUGCAUCCAUGGUAUGGUCCACGACGCCGCAAAACGCGGCCUACCUCAAACAACUCGAUCCCCUGGGUCAGGUGUCGAUGAUCAACGCGGCUCUACGACUGUCCCAAGUCGAUAUAAAGUACAUGUUCACCCUGCCAACUACGAGCAACGACUCCGCUUCGCCUCACGAUUCCGAACUCCGCUGGCGUCUUCAACACACAUCACCACCCUCUCUGUCAAGACAACCUCCCAUUGUUACCGGCGUGCAAGAAGGGUCACUGGCUUCAUUUCCCCUACGCUUCCGCCACGCGAGCCGGCUAAUCAACCCGCGCGUCGCUCUCGUCGGCGAUGCCGCACAUACUGUCCACCCGCUCGCCGGGCAGGGAUUGAAUCUCGGUCUAGCGGACGCGAAAUCGCUCGCUGACACAAUUGCCUAUGCUGUCACACAUGGCAUGGAUCUAGGUGAUCUCAUGACUUUGGAAAGGUAUGGCCGUGAUAGAUUUGGUAAGGGUCUGUUGAUGGCUGGUGGGGUUGAUGCGCUGAACUCGGUGUAUCAGCUGGAUAAUAACUAUGUACUAAGUGGUGGUGAGUCCGGUGAUGGGAUCUUGUCUACUGUUCUGGGUCAGAUUAGGGGGUUGGGCAUGAAAGUGGUUGAUAGUGGGGUGGUGCCGGGGUUGAAGAAUUUGAUUAUGAAGCAGGCGAAUUGAUUGGAUAUGGCUCUUCGAGACGAGUGAAGAAGAGAAUUCAAGAGAAAGAAAAUGCAAUUGCGAAAAAGGUUGGAUUGGACGGGAGUCAAACAGCACAAAAGGUGUGUGUAUGCGUGGGUGAAGCAAGCUAUUGUAUAGAACUGAAGAUGGACUGAAAAAGCGAGUGAAGUAUCCGGGAAGCAAGGAUAUUUUUGCGGGACGGGGAAAUUCAGGCUAAGGUAGUCUUGCAGCGGAGGCUCCGUUUCAGAAAGAAAGGCCAUCUACCUGUAGUGUGUAUGUCUUUCCUCCGCCCGGCGUUCAAUAUGCUCAAGGGCGGAAGGGAGAGGUUCAUCCUCCUAUAUGGUCUAGUGUACCGUCUACAUCUGUUCAAAUUAUACACUACUGCCGA